GAUUGCAGAGCCUGCCGUGCGGGUGGGGAUCUCUCUCUGAAUCUCUGGCACCGACGCUCCUCUCCUCUGACCUCGCCACCUUGCCGACGAAAAGGGGAGGAAGAGAAAGCGCGGAGACUGAGGAAUUGGGGUCUCAAUCGGGCGGUGAACGCUCGCGAUUAGCGAGGCUUUUCGCAAGAUUUCAACGGGACGAUCCCCAGCAGCUUCCUAGCUUCCUUCGAGAUGCUAAGAAGGGUCUAAAUUUGCAAAUUUUGAUGUCAAGGAGGCUGCCAGUGUUGGGCCAAAUAGCUGCGAGUAAGUUUCACUAUGAAUAUGGUUCAUCAAAUAGUUCUUUACUGGCAACUGCCUAGUUUUGUGUGCCAGCUGUUGAACUUCUAAAUUAUUCCUGGGAUUCUUGUUCGCCAAAGCAUAUUGAGCAGGCAUGAUUCAUACAUCCAGUUAGUAUGGCCUCAAAAGCUAUAAAAAGAAGGCCUUGCAGGACUGAAACUGAUAACACAAGUGAAAAACGAAUGGAGACAACAAUAUCAAAUCCUGUGACAGAACCUCUUCUAGGAAAUGGUCCUCAUGAAGAUAAAUCCAAGAGAUACGAGCCUGCUACGUGGUCAGGUUUCUGGGAUGGGACAAGACAGGAGUGCCUUCGCUGGGCGCAUCUUCUAUCAAUUUUUAUUGCUCAAUCUGCAAGAAAGAUAGUAAAUGUUCUUUCUGAAUUUGGAUCUUUGAUUGCAAGACUUUUUGGUUGCUCUUCGGCUCCCCAAAGUUCACAAAAUGGACAGACAGUUCCACUUAAUCUCAGUCCAUUACAGGUAGAAAGAUUGAGAUUGUUGAAACAAAGGUUAGAUGUGCCAUAUGACUGCUCCUCUGUCAAGCAUCAGGAUGCUCUGAAAGAGCUUUGGAGGUUGGCUUAUCCUGACCGACAACUUCCUCCUCUAAAAUCAGAUCUGUGGAAGGAGAUGGGCUGGCAAAACUCUGACCCAUCAACAGAUUUUAGGGCAGGUGGGUUCCUGUCCUUGGAGAAUCUAAUUUACUUUGCCAGAAAUUACCCAGAUUCCUUUCAUAGGCUACUGCACAAGGUGGAGGGUAAGAGAGCUGAAUGGGAGUAUCCUUUUGCAGCAGGUGGUGUAAACAUAUCUUAUAUGUUAGUUCAAAUGCUGGAUUUACAAUCAGGAAAAAUGAGUACAAAAGCUGGUGUCCACUUUAUUCAACUACUUGAAGAUGACGAGGCGGCUUUCGAUAACCUUUUCUGUGUAGCAUUUCAGGUGCUUGAUGCUCAAUGGCUCGCAAGGCAAGCAAGUUAUAUGGAAUUUAAUGAGGUUCUGAAGUCUGCACGAGUUCAGUUAGAGAAAGAGCUUACUAUGGGGUGCAUUUCUAGCGUUCAAGAAUUGCCAUCAUUCAGAAUGCUAACAAGGUAGUCAUGUUUGUACUUCGCUGGAAAAGAGAUACUUUUACGCUGUCCAUAGGUUGUUUAAAUUUGUUGUGCAUUCCUUUACUGGAUGCUUGUAUGAUGCCUUGAAAGGAAAAAUACUUAUCAACAAGUUUUGACAUCAAGAUGUAAUACUGGUGUA